UUAUCCGGCCCGCGGCAGAGCCCUAGGCCCAAAUCCACUUCAGUUUCCAGCCGGUAAAAUCGCCGCCGUCUUUCAUCGUCUUUUGCUUUCUCCGGCGUCGUCGUCGUCGUCGUCGUCGCCCUCAAGUCUGGUCUUCUUCUGAGGCUUUGCUUUAUUCCUUCGUUUUGAAUUAUUUGCAAAUAAUUCAAAAUAGGUUCCGGUAACGCAAAAUUCGAUUCGAUUCAAGGUUUCGAAUAUUUGCACGAAAAUAUCGGACUCGGAACUUCCAGGAGUUAUCAAAAUUCAAAACCCUCGAUUUUGACCUUAAACCCUCGCGCCGACACUUGUUCAAUUCAAUUCAAUUCAAUUGUGCUGUGGUCUAAAUAAGGUAUAUGAGAUGCAAAUUUCAAGGUCUUCUGUUUGAUGGGACAUUUUGGACUAUUGAGCAGCGAAGAAUUUGCUGUGCUAGGGUUUAGUUUCUGUAAUUUGGUGAAUUAUUUGUGCUUUAUGUGGGCGGACGUCUCGAAGUUUUAAUGGAUACUUCCCAAUUGUUCGUAUGCUUCUACAAUGUACGCCGUAGCUCUUUUGAGUCCAAAAUUUUUCAGGAGAUUUACUUAUUUUCGUGUCAUUUCUCGAAAACUUUGCAACCGAGUGUAUAAUGGUGAUGGCCACGAGAAUGGAUUCGGGCGCAUCGAAGAUUUUCUUAAUGAAUCAUGGAAAAGCUCAGACGUUGAGCACAAGGUGGAAGAAAAGGGUGAUACAUUUGGUUCUUGGGGAAUCAAUGAUGAUUCCAGCAGAAACUUUUCAUCAAGACAAAGUUUUAUUAAUGAGACAAAGUAUGGUGCCGAGAGGAUUCUGGCAAUUCUUCACCAAGAUGGUCCGGGAUUAGAUGCAAAAGCAGUUCUUAAUGGUUUAGCAGUGAGGGUCUCAGGUCUUCUUGUGAGAGAAGUUCUUUUCAGCAUCUUGAAGAUGAUUAAUUCUGCCAAUAAAAACAGAUGUGCGAAGCUGGGAUACAAGUUUUUUGUGUGGUCGGGAGAACAGGAGAACUACAGGCACACCGAAAACGCAUACCAUUUAAUGAUGAAGAUAUUUGCAGAGUGUGGGGAACUAAAGGCUAUGUGGAGAUUGGUUGAAGAGAUGAUUGAGAAAGGAUAUCCGAUGACGGCAAGGACAUUCAACAUAGUCAUAUGUUCUUGCCGUGAGGCAGGGAUAGCUCGGACAGUUAUAGAGAGGUUUAUCAAGUCGAAAGUGUUUAAUUAUAGGCAGGUUAAAGAUUCAUUCAAUGCAAUCCUACGUUCUCUUUUGAUAUUAAAUCAGUACAAAUUGGUCGAGUGGGUGUAUCAGCAGAUGUUGGCUGCAGGCCAUUGUCCGAACGCUUUAACUUAUAACAUCAUCAUGUGUGCAAAGUUUAGAUUGGGAAAACUCGAUGAGUUCCAUGGAUUACUUGCUGAGAUGGGCAGAUGUGGGCUUUCGCCUGAUAUUCAUACAUUCAAUAUCCUUCUCCAUGUUCUUGGGAAAGGGGAUAAGCCUGUAGCAGCAUUGAAGCUUUUGAAUCACAUGAAGGAUGUUGGUAUUGAUCCGAGCGUUCUCCACUACACGACAUUGAUAGAUGGGUUGAGUCGGGCUGGUAAUUUGGAAGCCAGCCAGUAUUUCUUCGAUGAAAUGGUUAGGCACGGAUGCACGCCUGAUGUUGUCUCUUACACUGUCAUGAUAACAGGGUUUGUUGCGGGGGGACAGAUUGAUAAAGCUCAGGCAAUGUUUGCCGAAAUGAUUGAUAAGGGGCAGUUGCCUAAUGUCUUUACUUACAAUUCGAUGAUUCGUGGGCUGUGUUUGAUUGGAAAGUUCGAGGAGGCUUGGUUGAUGUUGAAAGAAAUGGACUCAAAAGGCUGUAAUCCUAAUUUUCUUGUGUACACUACGCUAGUGGGUUAUCUGCGAAAUGCGGGUAAAUUGUCUAAAGCUCAUGAAGUUAUACGGCAUAUGAUGGAAAAGGGACGCUAUACCCAUUUGGUGUCUAAAAUUAAAAAUUACAGACGGUGCUGAUAAGGAAGUGCAAGAAUUUUGGGAAGCAGAUAUCAUCAGGGAUGGAAAAUGCGCAGACGAAUUUUAUUCAAGACAAUUAUUGUAUAUAGAGAAUAUCAAGAAACUUGACAUUAGACGACAUUAUUAUUGUGAAAGAGUUCAUGAUUUUGAUCUUCA